CCUUCAUUCAAUUUUCAGCCCUUCUCUCUCUCUCUCUAGAUUUUGCACUUUUCCUCCAAAAUCACUGAAUUAAACCCCCAAAAAUGGCCAAAUUCUCCGCGAUAGUGUUGGUUCUGAUCUCGGCAUUGGUCGCCGGAUCCGCUCUCGCUCAGUCCCCAUCCGCCGCGCCUAAGGCUUCUCCGACCGCCGCGCCGCUGGCUGCUCCGCCGAAGCAAGCUGCGGCUCCUUCGCCGCACGCGUCUGCUCCGUCGCCGGCGCCUACGACCUCUUCUCCUCCCGCUCCUCCGAGCGAUGUUCCGGCUGGAUCUCCCGUUUCUCCUCCGUCCAUCGCCAGCGCCCCGGGCGGUGCUGCUCCGGCGCCUCACGCAGCCGCCGCGGUGAAUCGCGCCGCCGUCGCCGGAUCCGCCGCUCUCGUGGUGCUAUCGGCUGCUUUAUUGAUUUAGGGUGAUUUAUGUGUUUUUUUUUUAUUUUAAAUUUUGUGUUCGGGGAUUUGAUUUAAUUUGAAUUUAUUUUAUUUAUGAUGUAAUCAUUUGAUUAUUUAUGUUUCAGGCAUUUUAGUUUAAUUUGUUAGCAUUUAUAAGUGUUUUAUAUUUCUAUUUCUCCAAUCAAAAACGAAAAAAUUUAAUGUAUUUUCUGUUAAUAUUGAUAAGGAAAAGAGGUGAAGAAGAAUUGAUUUGUAAAUUGCA